GGACCAAUGGGAGGAGCCGACGGUGACGUAACUAAUCUCUCUUCCAGCGAGGAGCUACUCCGGCAACCUGGAGCAUUACAAUUGGAUUGAGUAAACCCUGCUGACCUAAGGGGGAAGGAGGAAAGGAGGGGGUCACUAAGAGUGUAAGAAUUGGGUUUGGCGAGGCGGCCAAAGCGGGAAACCCAAGAGCCUUGAAACGCGAAGGGAUGCCCAAAGAGUUAGCAGCGAGUCCUACUUGGGAAUUAAGACGUCUAGCUUCUGUUCAGGGUCAGCGACCUGGUACAACUCAUACCCUUUCUGGGCCUCACUUUUCUCAUGUAUAGAGGACUAAGUUGAAAGGUGACUUCUAGGCUGGGCGCAGUGGCUCACGCCUGUAACUCCAGCACUUUGAGAGGCCGAGGCAGGAAGAUGGCUUGAGGCCGGGAGGUCGAGGCUGCGGCAGCCGUGAUCGCGCCACUGCACUCCAGGUGGGCAACGGAGCGCGACUCUGUAUCAAAAGAAAAAAAAACAAAGGUGACCUCUAAGUCUUCCUUCAAUUCUGACAUUCUAUGAGUUUAAACCAGGUGCAGUGGCUCACCCUGUAAUCCCAGCGGCGGCGGCGGUGGCGGCCCAGCAGGUGUUUCUGUCGGGUCGUGGGGUCUCGCGGCAGCGUGUGGACUACCUGAUCAGCGGUGGCACCAGCUACAUGCCCGAGGAUGGGCUCAUCGCGCAGCAGCUCUUCGCCAGUGCCUAAGGCCUCACCUAGGACGACUUCCUGAUUCUCCCAGGACUCAUAGACUUCAUAGCUGAGGUGGACCUGACCUCAGCCCUGACCCGGAGGAUCAUGCUGAAGACACUGCUGAUCUCCUCCCCCAUGGACACUGUGACAGAGACUGACAUGGCCAUCGCGAUGGCUCUGAUGGGAGACAUUGGUUUCAUUCACCACAACUGCACCCCAGAGCUCCAGGCCAAGGAGCUACGGAAGGUCAAGAAGUUUGAACAGGGCUUCAUCACCGACCCCAUGAUGCUGAGGCCCUCACACACUGUAGGUGAUGUGCUGGAGGCCAAGAUGCGGCAUGGCUUCUCUGGCAUCCCCAUCACUGAGACGGGCACCAUGGGCAGCAAGCUGGUGGGCAUCGUCACUUCCCGAGACAUCAACUUUCUUGCUGAGAAGGACCACACCACCCUCCUCAGUGAGGUGAUGACGCCAAGGCUCAAGCUGGUGGUGGCUCCAGCAUGUGUGACGUUGAAAGAGGCAAAUGAGAUCCUGCAGCGUAGCAAGAAAGGGAAGCUGCCUAUCGUCAACGAUCGUGAUGAGCUGGUGGCCAUUAUCACCGGCAGCGACCUGAAGAAGAACCAAGACUACCCUCUGGCCUCCAAGGAUUCCCACAAGCAGCUGCUGUGCGGGGCAGCUGUGGGCACCUGUGAGGAUGACAAAUAUCACCUGGACCUGCUCACCCAGGCGGGCGUCGAUGUCAUAGUCUUGGACUCGUCCCAAGGGAACUCGGUGUAUCAGAUCACCAUGAUGCAUUACAUCAAACAGAAGUACCCCCACCUCCAAGUGAUUGGCAGGAACGUGGUGACAGCAGCCUAGGCCAAGAACCUGAUUGACGCUGGUGUGGACGGGCUGUGCGUGGGCAUGGGCUGCGGCUCCAUCUGCGUCACCCGGGAAGUGAUGGCUUGUGGUCGGCCCCAGGGCACUGCUGUGAACAAGGUGGCUGAGUAUGCCUGGCACUCUGGUGUGCCCAUCAUAGCCAAUGGCGGCAUCCAGACCGUGGGGCACAUAGUCAAGGCCCUGGCCCUUGGAGUCUCCACAGUGAUGAUGGGCUCCCUGCUGGCCACCACCACGGAGGCCCCUGGUGAGUACUUCUCAGAUGAGGUGCGGCUGAAGAAGUACCAGGGCAUGGGCUCGCUGGAUGCCAUGGAGAAGAGCAGCAGCAGCCAGAAACGAUACUUCAGCAAGGGGAAUAAGAUGAAGAUCGCACAGGAUGUCUUGGGCUCCAUCCAGGACAAAGGGUCCAUUCAGAAGUUCAUGUCCUACCUCAUAGUGGGCAUCCAGCACGGCUGCCAGGAUAUCGGGGCCCACAGCCUGUCUGUCCCUCGGUCCAUGAUGUACUCAGGAGAGCUCAAGUUUGAGAAGCGGAUCAUGUCAGCCCAGAUCGAGGGUGGCGUCCAUGGUCUGCACUCUUACGAGAAGCGGCUGUACUGAGGACAGCAGUGGAGGUCGAGGUGGUGGAGGGGGCGCACCCCAGUGUCCCCCUUCGGGCACAACCUCCCUCCAUGACUGAGUGGUCCACAGAUUUGCAUUACGGGUUCCCCAGCUCCUUUCCAGGGAGAGAGGAGGGGAGGCCCUGAGGGCUCUCCAGGCCCUCACUGGGCAUCCCCUGCAGAGUCAGGACUGCUCCCUGGGCCAGGCUGCCCUGGAAGCCCCCCGAGCCCAGCCAGCCGGGUUCUCAGGCUCUGCACCUGCCUCAGGUCUUUCUUGCUGCAGCCUACUCCAGCCCUGCCCCCAUCCCAGGGGCAGGCAGCCCCUCCUGGUUUCUCCUGUAGGGCACCUCCCUGCCCCCAACCCCCCCCAGGAAAUGGUGCUCUCCUGGCCCUGCCUCUGGCUCUUCCUGGGCCGCUGCCCCCUCAGCCAUGUGGCACUUCUGAGCUCCUGACCUAGGCCAAGGGGAGGUCUCUGCCCUCUUCCCUGGCCCUGGGCUACCCUUGGGUCCUGCUCCUCAGGCCACUCCCCGUCCCUGGCCCUGGGGAGGAGGCUGCCCUGGUCAUGGCCAUCUGCCUGUCAUUCCUGACUCAUCACCGUCCCCAGUGAACCAUUCCUGCCCUCUCCUCAGCUGCAGUUGAAGGCUUUAACUUUGCACACUUUGGGAUCAUAGUUGCAUCAUUGUGUAUUAAGUAAUUGGAAUAAAUCAAGCAGGUCUCAAGGCCUAAAGAAAGAAAAGGAAGGAAGGAAGGAAGGAAGGAAGGAAGGAAGGGAAAGAAGGAAGGAAGGAAGGAAGGAAGGAAGGAAGGAAGGAAGGAGGGAAGAGAAAGAAAGGUAG